ACCGCCCCCUAGCAACCGCGUCCCCUCAACGAGGCCCGCUCGGCCUUCACCACCAGCACCAGCACCCCUCACGCAGCUCUGAAACAUUCUCAUCUCUCCACACUUUCACCACCUAACCGGGACGCGCUUCUAUUGUUGAUGUUGUUGUUGUUCGUUGGUGUUUAAACGACCGCAGAUUUCGUCUCUUCUCGAGACUUCAUUGGGCUCCGCUGCGGCCUUCACGCGGCCGGCAACUGCGGCUUCUCGCCAUGAUGCUGUCACGGGCAAAGCCGGCUGUGGGAGCAGGGGCACAGCCGACAGUGGAGAAAAAGAAAAAGGGCAAAAUAAUUCCUAAACUGGAAGACCUGUUAAGCAACAGGGAUUACACAGGAGCCAUCACAUAUCUCGAGUUUCAGCGUCAUGCAGGGGAAGGGAAUGAAGAGACAGAUCUUUGGAUGGCAUACUGUGCUUUCCACCUUGGAGAUUACAAACGUGCCAUGGAGGAAUAUGAGGCGAUGACGAAGCGAGAUGGCUGUAACCCUGACGUGUGGGUUAAUCUGGCUUGUGUCUACUUCUUCCUGGGCAUGUACAGCGAGGCAGAUGUGGCAGCGCUAAAAGCACCAAAAAGCCGCCUGCAGAACAGACUCCUGUUUCACCUGUCCCACAAGUUCAGUGAUGAAAAGCGUCUGAUGGGCUACCACCAAAACCUACAGGACAUUGUUGAAGAUCAACUGAGCCUCGCCUCAAUUCACUACAUGCGCUCCCACUACCAGGAAGCCAUCGAUAUCUACAAAAGGAUACUCCUAGAUAACCGGGAUUACCUGGCGCUGAACGUGUACGUCGCAUUGUGCUACUACAAGCUGGACUAUUACGAUGUGUCGCAAGAGGUCCUGGCUGUGUACCUGCAGCACUUUACGGAUAGUGCCACCGCUAUAAACCUGAAAGCCUGCAACCACUUUCGGCUCUACAAUGGGAAAGCUGCCGAGAUGGAACUGAAGAACCUGCAGGAAAUGGCUUCUCCUUCCUUUGAGUUCGCCAAAGAACUGGUCAAGCACAACUUGGUGGUUUUCAGAGCUGGAGAUGGCGCCUUGCAGGUGCUUCCCCAACUCAUCGACGUAAUUCCAGAAGCCAGACUCAAUUUGGUUAUCUACUACCUGCGACAAGAUGACGUGCAGGAGGCUUACAACCUCAUAAAGGAUCUGGAGCCGACGACUCCACAGGAGUACAUACUGAAGGGAGUCGUGAAUGCAGCUCUUGGCCAGGAUCAAGGAUCUGUAGAGCACGUGAAGAUCGCUCAGCAAUACUUCCAGCUUGUAGGAGGCUCGGCAAGUGAAUGCGACACCAUUCCCGGCCGGCAGUGCAUGGCCUCCUGUUUCUUCCUCCUAAAGCAGUUUGAGGACGUCCUCAUCUAUCUGAAUUCGAUCAAGAGCUACUUCUACAAUGAUGACGGUUUUAAUUUUAACUACGCACAGACGAAGGCUGCAAUUGGGAAUUACAAGGAAGCAGAGGAGAUUUUCCUCCUCAUUCAAAGUGAGAAGCUGAAGAAUGAUUUUGUGUACGCUAGCUGGUUGGCUCGCUGCUAUAUAAUGAACAGAAAGGCACGGUUGGCAUGGGAGCUGUACCUGAAAAUGGAUACAUCAGGAGAGUCAUUUAGCCUCCUGCAGCUCAUAGCCAACGACUGCUACAAAAUGGGCCAGUUCUUCUAUGCAGCCAAAGCAUUUGACGUGCUGGAGCGUCUGGAUCCAAACCCGGAAUACUGGGAGGGCAAGCGAGGUGCCUGCGUUGGAAUCUUUCAGAUGAUCAUCGCUGGACACGAACCCAAGGAGACACUGCGGGAUGUGAUUCAGUUGCUGAGGAACACUGGAAAUCCACAAGUCGAAUACUUCCUCCGCAUCUUGAAGAAAUGGGCCAAAGACAAUCGGUUGCCCAUCUAAACCGAAGCACAUUUUUAAGCCACGAGUCAAGAUUUUGCGUUCUACUUUUGAGAUACAUCCCAAUCACCGCGUCAAUUUUUGAGCCGAAUUGUCAAGUAAAAUCUGAGCAUUCAUUAUACAUGCGGUGCUGCAAGGUCACGUGAUAUGCAAGGUGUGAAUAGAGGACCAAAUCCAAUGGUCACGAUCACACCUUUUGCCGCGUAUGAAUCACCCUCUGCAUAUAUUACCAUAUUCUCUGCAUCGAGAUGCAGUUUGGCCUGUAUUUUGAGGGUUGGGGGUGCAUCUUAUUAUCAGACAUGGCCAAAUUUGUAUAAACUCUAUUGGUAACUGGGCACAUUUGGAAAUGAGUCUACUUUAUGGAGCGUCUUAUAAUCCGGAGAAAGAAUCUGGAAAUACUUUUGUAACAUCUCUUGGCUCACGAGCCUGGGACAGUUCGAUAAAUGGCUUUAACUUCACCAACCGGUCGUCAUUUUUAUCGACUCUAAACAGACGGCGACAUCAUCAGUUGACCCCAAACACAAAAAGAACUUCUAUAUUUGAAGCUUUCGUGACUGCAAGGAUCCAUACUCUUUGUUUUUUUCGGUAAAGUCACGUAGGUUAAAAAAAGAAAACAAAUAAAUUGAAUCACGACGUUUCGGAGGCAACACAAGCUUCCGUCUUCAGGUGGAACCGUCACAGCAAAAUUACUGUAUGAAGUGAAGAGAGCUCAAAGAGACGCGACCUUAUAUACUGGUUAAGGGGAGGGGGGGGGGAGCCAGGAUGAGCCGUGGGGGGGGGGGGGGGGGUUAUAAGCUGGUGAAGUGACCAGUGCUGCAGCUGCUGCUACGCCUGGAGCUGCAGCCGAGGCCAACAACAAGAACUCCCGAGUUUCCUAUUUUAAGUGAAGCGCUGGGUGGAAAACAGCGCCACCCAUCCACAUGUAAAGCCGCUGUACCUUAUACUGCACUCCAGGUUUUUGUAAAUUUUAGCUGUAAUUGUAAAAACACCUAUGGGAGCAUAAAUCAGUCACAAAUUGUGGGGUGACACUGCAAUAAACUGGCUUCCCGUUGAGAUUAUGGUCCAGAAAUCUGUUGUAUUUAAAGUUUUAUGUGAAGCCGUCUUGUCCUUGACAGCCACUGUAUCGUCUCGAAAUGCAUUUUAUUUUGUACAUGCUUCAGGAUCUUAACACUAUAAUUAUACAUUUUACACUAAUUUAAUACAAUGUAGGUACGUACAUACCACACGCUAUACUGUAAAAAAUGUUAAUAUACAGGGCGUUUCAAAAAGAUGGAUACCAUUUGAAAUCGCUAUACUGUAUCUCUGCAACCACGAACCGCCCAUGAAUUAAACUCUUAACACUUGAACUUCCGAUGACUUCAUUUUUCAGCAAGACGGAGUACCGCCACAUUGGCACCUGCAGGUUCGACGUUUUCUAAAUGACACACUGCCUCAACGUUGGAUAGGUCGCACGGGACCCCAAAACUUGGCGCUACACUCUUGGCCCCCAAGAUCCCCAGACAUCACACCCUGCAACUUUUUCUUGUGGGGAUACAUCAAAGACCGUGGUGUUUUUGUGCCACCAUUAGCGACUAAUCUGGAUGACCUCAAAAACAGAAUCACGGCAGCGGUGACUUAAGUGGAAGAAGACACUUUGAGAGGCGUUUGUGACGAAUUCAACUCUCGUCUCGAUGUUGUCCGUACAACAGGUGGAGGGCACAGAGCAUGUAUAAAAUGGUUAGUAAAACUUGAUAACUCAUUAAACCGUUUGUAACUGUGUAAUUGUAACAUGUUGCCAUCGUGAAAUAUACUGUUUUGAAAUUGGGUCCAUCUUUUUAAAACACCCUGUAUUUAUAGUCUUAAUAUUGGAAGCGUAAAACAUAACCCACACGCACACAUGCCACCAUCUGUGAUGGAACUUGACAUGCAUAUGCACACAGGCACUAAAUGGCCACAUUCAUGACUUCUAUCACAGCUGCAGGGCUAAGAUCAGAGGAAUGAAAGAGGCUUUUGCAGAUCGCAGCACACGUCCAAAACACACCACACACUCAAACUCUUCAGUGACUCCCACAAACUUGCACCUCAGCUUUUAAAAGCGUCUUAAACACAAUCUGAUAUUUUUUGUAAUUGUCAAGAAAAAUACAAUAUUUUAAAACGACUGAUUUGUGCGAUGGGCGUAUGCCGUGAUCGUGACGUUUUGGCCAGAUUGCCAUUGAAAAAUAACUUCUUAGAUCAAUGGGCCUUAUCUGAAAUAAACCGACCAAGUUGUGAAUACUA